CAUUAACCAACUUAGCUAAAGAAACUUUUGAAAAUAUACGGCCGAUUGUCUUCUUAUUAUUUGGCGGCCGGAAGCAUGGGCUUGGCCCGCUUCUACUCAGGGCCGGCUCUGACUGUAGAAGCCUGAUUCUAGCUUCAGAUUCCGAUUGAGUUGGAUUUAGUGGGUUGGGGUUUUAAGUUAUGCCCAUGUCUGUGGAUGAUGUUGUAUUCAUAAGCCCAAUCCUGAUCCAGUUUACCAAUAGAAACCCAAUAUCAAACAAGACUCAAGUGGAGGCUGACAUGGCCAUAUCUGAUUGGCUCAAUUAAUAGGCUGAGAUGCAGCGAAUAAGGCCAAUGAAAGUCGGAAAGUAGACACUGACAUCAAUUGUAUGAAAUAUUAUAUUAGCGAUGACAAUGGGUAUCCUAUGCAAAGCAUUUGUACGUAUUUAGUGACAUGUAGCAUUGAAGAAUGAUGUGACACAUUGCGAUUUAUUCUGGAUAAGCUUCUUUAAAUUUCAACUAAUACACUAUUAUUCCAGUGUUCAUUUUUCUUUUAAUCAACGAAAUUUGUUUAUGUAGAAAUAAAUUUAUCUAACUAAUUACCUGCAGUUGAAAAGUUGCACAAAAAACAUUGAAUAACGGAAUAUUUAUUCAUUCAGUAUUACUAGUACAUGGACAUUUCGCAGAAUACACUCCCUUUAAUCUCCCUUUUUCUCUCUCUGCCUAUCGCUUUCUAGAUCCAAAAAUUAAUAUUUAUUCCCUUUUAGAAGGUAAAUUAUCUCACGAAACUUUAGCAUUCCGAUAUAGAAAACAUACAUCCAUGUGACCAUGUCUAAGGUUCUCGAGCCCCUAGAAGAAGCAAAAGUAGAAGAACAGAAACCCAUAAACCAAGAAGAAGAAGGAUCGAAGCAAGAAGAGUUGUUUGGAUCUCUAUGUACACCAACUUCAAGUGACCACAAGAUUCCUGAGCUGGAGACUUGUCCUCCUGCGCCAAGAAAGAGACCGCGUGAGAUUCCUCUGACAAAGAAGAAAAAAUUGUCCAAAGAUCUUAAGUUCUUUGAAGCCACCGACGUCGGUAGCCACGAGGUAGAGACUUUCUUUGUUCAUAACCCUAACCACGUCCGUAAGAAACGGAGGAGUAAUAGCGCCUGAAUCUUUUCUGUUAUAUCUCUUGUAUGUGUUUCUUCUUUCCCCACAAAACACAAACUUGAUUGUGUAGGUUUGUUUGUUUAGACAUCAGUUUCGAUCACUUUGUAUUAUUACCUAUAACUUUAACUCCGUUUGUGUACAUAAAUUUUGUAUAUAUCGACUUUGUUUUAUGUAUCUUACAGUUUGAUCCUCAUAGCAAUAACAAAAUAAAUAAUAAAUGCAAAAAUAGUAGGUGAAUUAAUGA